GACCGCUGCUCGAUGCUGACUCAUAUGUUUUUUUCCUUCGCUUUCCAAUAAAAUUUUAAAUAACUGAAGACAGAAAUCACUGAAAAUCUGGUUUUUGCGACUCACAUUCACAACUGAUGGCUUCUUAUUUCGAUGAACACGCUUCGACGGAUCGAGCCUCUCAUCCAAAUUUUCUUCUCGAGUUGGCCAGUGCGGGGUUUGACAAUAUUGGUUCUCCACCAGCAUCGAAUGAAGCUAUAAAUAACCUAGUUGUAGUGACGAUUACUAGGAAUCAUCUCAAAGAUGAUUCAACUUCAAGUUGUCCCAUCUGUCUUGCCGAGUAUGAAGAAAACGAAAAAGUCAAACAAAUGCCAUGUGAACAUAUGUUUCACUCAGGUUGCAUUCUGCCCUGGCUAGAAAAGACAAAUAGUUGCCCAGUAUGUAGAUAUGAGUUGCCAACAGACAAUGAAGAAUAUGAAGAAUUAAAAAAGCUCAAGGGAAAAGAAGAAGGAAGACAACAUCGAGUUCAAACCCUCCAUGCUUCAAUGUUUAGUUAAUAUGAAGACAAAAAUCACAAUCAGAAAGAGACUCCUGGGAUACAUGAAAAACAUGUGUUUGUAAAUGAAAUAUAAAAUAAUGUAUAGAUCUCUUUCCUUGUCCCCUCCCCCAAAACACUGCUACAUAGGCUAAUAAUAUUAUUGAUGUGUUGCUGGGGAAAAUAAAUUACAUAGUAAUAGCAAUAGAACUUUUGUGAGUUUGCUUGAAUGACCAAUAUCAAUAGGUGAUGUCAGCGCAAACUUUGCUAUAGCUCAAAACAAUGCAUGUAUUGAAACUAAACAAAGCACGAAAACUGAACAUAGCAAAGGAGGUUGUUACACUAAGGUAAAUCCUAACUUAGAGCCAUUAAUUGUUGGCUCUGGCACCUGGACACUUAUAUCAUCCCACAUGGGGUGGAAUUAGAACCCUAAACAUAGUUGCAGAAGAGACCCUCUGUCCCCACUAGUGAAUAAAUCUUCCAUGAUCAAUUAUUAUAUGUAUUGAUUUUAUUUUUAGAUGCUCUUUUUAAGUUUAAUCUUUUCUUUUUUUAUCAAGUAUAAUUUAUCAUUAUUAUCAUUAUUAUACAGUGUUUUGAAAAGCUUCCUUCUUUAUUCACUUGAUUUUUAAAUGGGUUUUCUUGAUAAUUCUUUAUUUCAAGUUUGUUAGCUUCUCUUCAAUAUACUAUAAGAGGCAUAGCCUCCUUUGCAGACCUUUUUUGUGUCGGUCCCUUGUUUAAGUUAAGGACUUCAAAAAUAAGAUAGAUGAAAAAUAGUAUCUUUAAUCUUUGAGAUAAAUAAAAACUUGUCAAUGCUUCCA